AAUGCUGGUAUGUUCUGGUGUCUGAUCCUGGGCAGGGCACAAAGAAGACGAAAUUCUCCGUGGACGGAUGGCUUCAGCCAAACCAAGACUUGGAGACCUGAUUGAGAUUUCCCGUGAUGGUUUCCAGCACUGGGCCAUCUAUGUGGGAGAUGGCUACGUGGUCCAUGUGGUUCCUCUGGGUGAGUCCCCGGGGGCAGGGACGGGCUCCUCCAGCGUCAGCUCUGGCUCCGUUAUGAGCAACACCGCGGAGGUGAAAAGGGAUCUGCUAACUGAUGUGGCAGGGAGCUGCACACUUAAGGUCAACAACCAGUUGGACAAGGAGCUAAAACCACUGCCUGUGGAGCAGAUUCUCAGGCGUGCACAGAGGAUGGUUGGCAAGAAGAUGCCGUAUGAUAUUGCCACUAACAAUUGUGAGCACUUUGUCACCAAACUGAGAUAUGGUGUGCCCAGAUCCCUGCAGGUUGAAAACGCCGCAAUGGGAGCAGGGCUGGUGUCAGCCUUAGGUGCGGCUGCUAUUGGAGCAGCCACCCUUGCUAAUUCUAUAAUGAGGAACUGAUCCCCACACCAGUGACAGCCUGAAGAAGCCACAGGAUCCUGCCCUCGAAGUCACUGAGCAGUGGAGCGCGCCAACCUCCCUUGUCUCCCUGACCCCGGCUCCCGGGCAGCCCCCAGUUCUGUCCCUCGCUCUCCCUCUCACUGACUGAAGGAUGGAAUAAUUGUACCAAGGCCUAGAAUGAAUAAAUGUAUCUGCCUUUCCCUUCA